AUGAGUGCCCGUAUUCAGGUUCCUUUGUCGCAGCGGCGUCACACAAACGUUGCCGUUGUGCGCUACACAAAAAAUGGGGUUAGAUUGGAGAUUGCCUGUUACAAAAACAAGGUGAUAUCGUACCGCGGCGGAAUUGAGACACGCAUGGACGAGGUGCUUCAGGUGGAGCGCGUCUUCACCAAUGUCUCCCGUGGUCUAUAUUCCUCCGAGAAGGAGAUUGAGGCUGUUUUUGGGAAGGGAACAAGCGAAAAGGAGGCACUGCAGUACAUCCUUGAUCAUGGUGAGCUGCAGGUUGCGCAGCAGGAGCGAGCAGCGGAGAUAGAUCAGAUGUUCAUUGAUAUU